UCAAACUUAUAGCAUUUUGUAAACUGUCAUGUUAAGUUGACGGGGGCGUAUGUAUUUAUGUUUUACAAACGAGACAAUACAUAAAAAAAUCAUUUUGAUAUACUCCUAGCAUAACAGACGAUGUAAUCUACUAAAUCGCUAAAUUUAGGAAGAGUAGGAGAUGAUUUUGAUAAGAUUUCCUUCAGGUUAACCAAUACCAAUGUUUGGAUGUAUUUUUUAUAUAGUUUAGGCAACUAAAGAUGGUAUUUCUGCACUACUGGAGAUAUAUAUGAAAAAAGAAAUGCAAGCGAAACGUCGCUAUCUUUUAGUAUUCGUUGUGGCGUUCUUAACCCUAUGGUAUUUUGGUGGCUAUCAUUUACGGCACAAUUUCGAUUCCAACAUAGAUGUAAAGAAGCAGCUACCAGAUUUUGUCAAUUUAAAUAUUUUAGAGACUGGUUAUACAAUUGGUAGGAAUCGAAAACAUGUUGAAGAUGUUCCAAAAAGUUAUUGCCGCAUGGAAACAUGUUUUGAUUUUACCAGAUGUGAAAAAGACUUCAAAGUAUAUGUGUAUCCUCAAGAGGAUAGCAGUGUACCUAGUCCGUCCUAUUUAAAGCUUCUCAAUGUUUUAUUAGAGUCACGUUACUACAGCUCCAAUCCAAAAGAAGCUUGUUUAUUCAUCCUUAGCAUAGAUACUUUGGAUAGGGACCGUUUGAGUAAUGAUUAUGUUCGAAACAUGCAAAGCAGGCUGCAACGUUUGCCACAUUGGAACAACGGCGUUAAUCAUGUAAUUUUUAAUCUGUAUUCUGGCACUUGGCCAAAUUAUACGGAAAAUGAUUUGGAUUUUGACUAUGGCAAAGCAAUACUCGCUAAAGCCAGCAUGUCUGAGAACCAAGUUAGGCCUGGCUUUGAUAUAAGCAUUCCAUUAUUUCAUAAAAUCCAUAGAGAAAAGGGUGGAGAUCCUGGGUCAGUUUCAGCUAACAAUUAUCCUCUAGAAAAGACAUAUUUACUAGCAUUUAAAGGAAAGAGAUAUGUGCAUGGUAUAGGUUCAGAUACCAGAAACUCCCUGUAUCACUUACAUAACAGAAAAGACAUGGUAAUGGUAACAACUUGUAGACAUGGAAAAAGUUGGAAAGACAUGAAAGAUGAACGUUGUGACCAAGAUAACAAAGAAUAUGACAGAUAUGACUAUGAGACUCUAUUACAAAAUUCCACAUUUUGCCUUGUUCCUCGUGGGAGAAGACUAGGUUCCUUUAGAUUUUUAGAAGCUUUACAAGCUGGUUGCAUACCCGUUUUGCUAUCAAAUGGCUGGACAUUGCCGUUUUCCGAAGUUAUCGAUUGGAAUAAAGCUGUAGUAUGGGCCGAUGAAAGGUUGUUACUUCAGGUGCCACACAUCAUCAGGUCGAUAUCUCCUAGUAAAAUAUUACAACUCCGUCAACAAACUCAAGUGCUUUGGGAUAGAUAUUUUUCUUCCAUUGAAAAAAUAGUAUAUACGACUCUAGAAAUAAUUAAAGAAAAAUUGCCUAGAAAGCAAAAACGAGACGGAACUAUUUGGAAUAAUUUCCCAGGAGCUUUAGUCACUUUGCCGACUUUUUCCGACGCAAAGGAAGACUUUCCUUUUCACGUUCAAUCCGAGGCACUUCGAUUUACUGCGGUUGUCUAUUGCCAAUUAGGUAUACCCCUAUCAACUACGUCAGCACUUUAUAGAUUAGUUACAAGCCUAAGUAAAAGCAAAUACGUCUCGAAAAUUCUAAUAGUGUGGUCAAACGAGAAACGUCGUCCUAACCGUAGUCGUUGGCCAAGUUUACCGAUACAUAUUCCAUUACAUAUCAUCGAAACUGGAUACGGAAUCGAAGCGAAAUCCAGUAUUUCCCAAAGGUUUUAUCCCCACAAGGAGAUUGAAACUGACACAGUACUUUCAUUGGACGAGGAUACAGUUCUGACCACUGAGGAAAUUGAUUUUGCUUUUGUCGUUUGGAAACAAUUUCCAGAUAGAAUCGUUGGUUAUCCCGGUAGAUCGCACUACUGGGAUGACUCAAAGUCAACAUGGGGUUACACGUCAAAGUGGACCAAUGAUUAUUCAAUAGUUUUAACUGGCGCUGCCUUUUAUCACCGAUACUACAACUAUCUUUACACGGAAUGGUUGAGCCCUUUGUUGCACAAAACUGUAGAACAAAGCCAAAAUUGUGAGGACAUCUUGAUGAAUUUUUUAGUGAGUCAUGUGACCAGGAGGCCACCUAUCAAAGUGACACAAAGGAAACAGUAUAAGGAACAAUCUGGGGCGGGCAGUUGGUCUCCUUGGAACGAUCCGGAUCAUUUUAUCCAGAGGCAGACAUGUCUUAACACGUUCGCAGCUGUUUUCGGUUAUAUGCCCCUUUUGAGAUCUAACUUCCGGCUGGAUCCUGUGCUUUUCAAAGAUUCGGUCUCCAACAAACGGAAAAGGUAUAAAAAAAUUGAACUUGUGGGGAACUAAUCCUUCAUGUUUUUUAUACGAUAUAUUCAAAGUUCCACGAGAGUGUAUAUAACCUCGCAAAAUAUGUGAAAUUGAAAAUGAUGCAGGAGCUAAACAGAGGCUAAUAUGAUUUGUAUUCCAGCAAGAUAAUUUUAAACAUCCACCAUAUCUGUUAAGCAAUAAUGUACAAACCUAAAGUUUUUCUGAAUUUUGAGAGGUUAUUUAUGUUGCCAUACAUAUUAUGUGAUGUGUUAUUAUUAUUAAAUAUAAGUCCCCUGGCAACUGCUAUAUUUAAUGUUGUAAAUACAAAGUGAAAUUAGUUUUUAUAUAACAAUUUUGGGGGGAACUAGUUUUGUCGGAUCACUGCAUUAUUAUUAUAUUGUUUUUUUUUUCAAUUUUAAUUCAAAUUUAAAUCGUAUUAAUUUAAAUUCAUUACGCCAAGUUCUUCGUGGAUUUUUUAACGAAAGGUUUAUCCUUAUCAAUAAAAUGAAUCAAUAAAAAUGAGAGCUUAUGGACAGAAUUUGUCGUUGUAACAUUAUUGUGAUUAAUUUGGUAUUAGCUUUGUUCCAACCGCGGUCAGAAAUUGGUUUUUGAACUGUAAAUUGCUGUCACUGAACCGAUUUUUGUCAGGCAAAAUAACAUUAAUCGUAUCAAAAAAUCAGUUGAGUGACAGGAGUUUAUUGCUACAAACCGGUUUCUAACUGCGGUUGGAACAAAGCUAUUGUAUUUUCGUAUGAUGUCGAUUUUAUGUAACAAUGCCAAAAAUGAGAGAAGCAGUAAAAAUACCGGAAAGGAAAGGAAUUUAUAAAUUAUAAUAUUUGUUGAGCUUAAUUUAACAGAACUGUUAGGUUGUGAUGUGUAAAAUCGAGUAACUACUUUUUCUUCACCAAAUAAAUUUCGUGAAUUAAUUCACGAAGAAAUUCGCCAUAAGUAUUUGGAAUAUUUUUCGCCAUAUUCGUUCGUUUCUUUCUUGUUAAAAAAAAUAUUUCCAAGACAGAAAUUUAGGCCAUUUAGUUUAAGCGAAUUAUUACUUUAAAUCGUAUCCUAGUCAAUUUAAUUUUUGUUUAAACUUUGAGUGUACUUUUAAUUGUGUAAAUAUCUUUGUAUCGGUUUUAUUUAUCCAGUUACCAUUGUAUUGCUUUUUAUUAGAUCAAAUGUUGUUAUUUCGUUCUAAAGUUUAUAUCAUUACGUUUGUGAAAAUAAUUUCUGAAA